AUGAAUGAUAGCGAUUUGUCAGCGAUCAGUGACGAUCAGUUGUUCAAAAACUGGAAUAUAAGCCUUGCCGAUCUCUAUUUGGUUUGGACGAAGCUGUGUCGAGAGAACUACAAUCCACAUCUGGCGAAUAAUCUGUUUCAGUUCUUGAUAAGCGGCGUCUUACUGAAUAUAGUUGGCGUCCUCGGUGUUUUGGGCAAUGUAAUAUCGAUGAUUAUACUCUCCCGGCCGGAGAUGAAAUCAAGUUUUAACUAUUUGCUCAUGGGUCUGGCACGCUGCGAUACAAUUUUGAUAAUUUGCAUUAUGCUGGUGUUUGGCAUACCACCGAUAUAUCCGUAUACGGGUCGUUUGUUCUGGUACUACAACUAUGUGCAUGCAUAUACCGCACCAGUAAUGUUUCCCAUCGCCCUGAUUGCCCAGAUAUCGAGCAUCUAUAUGACCUUGAUCGUGACCGUGGAACGUUAUGUGGCUGUCUGUCAUCCGCUGAAAGCACGAGCUCUCUGCACUUAUCGCCGGAUCAAGAUCUAUUUUAUAGUCUGCGUCUGCUUUGGACUGAUCUUCAAUAUACCACGAUUUUGGGAGUUUUUCACGGUAAAAUAUCAAGUGCCCAGUACGAAAAUUGAACUGCUUUGUGUACAUGCGUCGCCAUUGAGAAAGAGUCCAAGUUACCUGAAAAUCUACAGACACUGGUGCACUCUAAUUAUCAACUAUAUAAUACCCUUCCUCACGCUGGCCAUACUCAACAGCCUGAUCUACAGGCAGGUGAGGCGUGCCAAUCGAUUCCGGAAACAAUUGUCGAGCUCGGAGAGGCAUGAAAUUGGAUUGGCAACGAUUCUCUUGGUUGCAGUUGUCGCAUUCUUAUUGCUGAAGUCUGUGGCCUUGGUGAUGAACAUCUCGGACGCAUUCUACGGCAAGAUCUAUCCCGAGCUGAUAAAUGUGUCCAAUCUACUGAUCAUUAUCCACAGCAGCAUCAACUUUCUCAUUUACAUCGCCCUUGGCAAAAAAUACAGGUGCAUUUUUGUACGCAUUUUUUUCAAGCGUCGCGUCGCUAAACAGGAUGAUAAUCUAUAUUUAUAA